AGGGCGCAUCGCGACGUCAAAUUGUCUUCCUCUACACAUUGUGAAUUGUGACCGAGACGAGAUUCUCUUCCUCCCGUCGCCGUCGCUGCCGCCGCCGCCGCCGCCGUCGCCGUCUUUUGUCACCGCGAUGCCUCGGUAUUAUUGCGAUUACUGCGACACUUAUCUGACCCAUGACUCGCCAUCUGUCCGUAAGCAACACAAUGCUGGAUAUAAACACAAGGCAAAUGUUCGUAACUACUAUCAGCAAUUCGAGGAGCAGCAAACUCAAAGUUUGAUUGAUCAAAGGAUCAAGGAACACCUAGGACAAGCCGCAGCGUUCCAAGUUGGCGCUCCUUUCAACCAACAUCUUCUUCAAUAUCCAGGAAAUAUGUCCCGUCCCCGUCUUCCAAUUCUGCCCACACCCAUGAUGCAACAUGGUUAUCCUCAACAUCAACAACCUGGUGGGCCGUUUGCAAGGCCUCCUAUUUUACCAGUUCCUGGCGCUCCAGGUUAUCCUGGUGCUCCAACCAUGCCACUGCCCGGGGCCCCUCCUGGUUCAAUGCCUAUGCAGGUGGCACCUCUCCCAAGGCCUCAGACACUACCACCUCCAACAUCUGGGGCCCCAGGUGCACCCAUGUCCAACAACGCAUCACCUCCAGGCCCUCCACCGAUGUAUCAACCACCAACUGCAGGCUCAACUUCUGUCGCUCCGCCCCUGGCCCCAGCGCCCCCUCCACAGGCUGCAUUCUCCUAUGCACAAUCGAACGAAGGCAACCACUGAUCUGUUCCUUGGCGUUUAUUGUAUGAAAUUUGAAGAACAACCAUAACUUGGAAGUUGAUGCUUCUUGCCUGUCUGUCUUUUGAAUUUUAGAGGGCGGUCUGUCUGUUGAAAUUUGGAGAAUUGUUAAGAACGGCUUCCUGCAGCUGUAUUUCUUGUAUUUUAGGUGGUGUAACCUUUUACUUCUUAAUCCAUCAAGUUCGUAUUA